AUGUCCUUCUUCUCCAGGAAGAAGCAUGCCCCGCCCACCGCUGCCAACACCGUGCAGUCCCCAAGUGCCGCUCUUGCCCAACUCCAGUCGCAACCACAACCACCCCCAGCCAAGCAGCUAUCAAAGGAGGCCAGCUAUGAGAGCGCCCUCAGUGGCCGCGGAAGUCCAAGCAUGGGACAGAACGGCGUCUCUUCUCAGGCCCACCGCCCCAUUCGCAACGGCAGCGUCAGCGCCGGCGGCCCCGACGCCAGCAAUGCGAGUCCGCAGUCUGCCCAGCCAAAUUCCUCUCAGCUUCAAUCUCAAGCUCAACAGCUCCAACCGCAGCAGCAGUCUCAGCAACAGCGACCUGCUUAUCCAUGGUCACAACGCCGGCUAACGCUCCCACCACCCGUGACGAUCCCGAAGCCGGGCGUCCAGCAACCGACCGCACCAUCGCCAUCACCAUUCCCCCGGUAUGGUCACGCACUACCCGCGACUGCAACCCCUACUGGAGAGCUCUUUCUCUUCGGCGGUCUCGUCCGGGAGACAGUUCGUAAUGAUCUUUACUUGUUGUCAACUAGAGAUUUGUCGGCAACACUAUUGCAGACAGCCGGUGAGGUCCCGUCUCCCCGCGUGGGCCAUGCUAGCGCUCUUGUUGGAAGUGUUCUCAUCGUCUGGGGUGGCGAUACGAAGGCCAAUACUAAGGCGAAGCCCGGAGAUAAGCAAGAUGAUGGACUGUAUCUCCUCAACCUUGUAUCUCGAGAGUGGACACGUGUAGCAGUAUAUGGACCGACACCUGCUGGACGAUAUGGCCAUGCUGUCACUAUGGUUGGAUCGAAGUUCUAUAUGUUUGGUGGCCAAGUUGAUGGGGAGUUUUUGAAUGAUCUAUGGGUCUUCGACCUCAAUUCCCUGCGAACGAAAGCAACAUGGGAACUCGUUGAGCCUGCCGAGGGCUCGCCACGGCCGGCCCAACGUACAGGCCAUGUGUGCGUAACACACGAGAAUAAACUAAUCCUAUUCGGUGGUACGGAUUGCCAGUAUCAUUAUAAUGACACAUGGGUGUUCGAUACGACAACCAACGUCUGGUCAGAAUUGACAUGCAUCGGCUACAUUCCUUCUCCCCGCGAGGGUCACGCUGCCUCCUUGGUUGAUGACGUGAUGUAUGUAUACGGUGGACGUGGAGUGGAUGGCAAGGACUUGGGAGAUCUUUGCGCUUUCAAGAUCUCCAACCAGAGGUGGUAUAUGUUCCAGAAGAUGGGGCCUGCCCCGAGUCCGCGGUCAGGUCAUGCAAUGGCGUCUAUGGGCUCACGAGUGUUCGUGCUUGGUGGCCUGGGUGGAGAGUCAUUGGGCAAUCCCACAAAACCGGAAGACCCAACCAUGAUACAUGUCUUGGAUACGAAACAUAUCAAAUAUCCGGAUUCAAAUAAGGCACCUCCUACAGGUGCCCCAGCGACGGGCAGGAAAUCUUCUAUUAGCGUGACGCAGACUUCGGCACUUCCUGCGUCCAAUCUCGGACCUAUAAUCAACGGUAUGCGACCAAUGUCGCCUGAACAACAGGGUUCCGAUGUCGAUGAAGCCCGGCGCGCGAUGUCUCCAUCUAGCAUGAGAUCAAGGACACCAAAUGGUGCCAUUCAGCAAACCGUAUCCACUGGCUCGAAGGGUAAGGUUCUAGCACGCUCGGGUCGAGAUGACGACGGCUUUGAUGGUGGGGAAAGUAGUCCUGAGGCACCUUCUUCUGAUUCCCGGGAGCGCGCGUUGUCCCCUGAUCCCGGGAGGGCGAAGAGCCCGGUACAUAGCGCCAGUCGUGCUACCUCACCUGCGUUGCAAGCAGAGGUCCAGGAACCGCUCAGUAUGGCGAGUGUAGCUAUGGGUCGUAACGGCCUUUCUGCACGAAGUCCUUCGCCCAAUAUCGAUCGUGGCAAGCCUCCUUUAGAUGCUUUCUACGGCCCAAAAUCUGGUUCUCCGCUACCCAAUGGACAUGCUUAUCCCAAACCUGGGUCAACUGGAAAUCUUACUGCCGAUUUAAUUAGGGACCUCAAGGACAAGGAAGUGGAGCUUGAGGAGAUGAAGAAGCGGGAGGUAUGGAUGAAGGCGGCGCUUUCGAAAGCAUCGCGCUCUGGAUUUGUAUAUGCGGAAUCAGAGGCUGAACUCUCUGCUCGGGCGGAAGAUGACGAUAUUGAUGGACAGAAAGUCACCGAGAUGGUCAUUAAUUUCAAGCAAUUGAAAGCCAAGAUUCAAACCAACAUUGUCGAGCAUGCACGAGUGGCAUCAGAGCGUAUUCUUGAAGCGGAGCGGUUGCGAUCAAGCGCAGUACAGGAGGCUGCAUUCUAUCGGGCGAAACUGGCCGCGUUGGAGGCAUCUUCCGAUGCAGAAGUCGCCAAACUUGAUCGAGAGCGUGUAGCAGAACUGGAGCGGCAGCUGUCUACAGCUGCAUCUGAACGAGGGGAGAAAGACCGCAAGGUCAAAGAACUUGCAGAAUCUCUUGCUCUGCAGACGAUGCUCGUGGAUCAGGCUGAGGCUCGAGCUGAAGACACUUCCAAGCGGCUAGACGCGUUAUCUCAAUCGCAUGACCGAGACUCGAAGGCUUUCCAGGCCCUGCAAGAGAGGCACACCUCUAUGGAAAUUCUUGCUAGGGACCAGGCGGACAAACUACUCGCUCACAGGUCUCUCGCGGAGCAGCGGGAAGCGGACCACAUGAACGCACGAGCUCAGGUGGAACAGCUGACAACGUCGCAUGAGCAGCAUAUUCGUGCGCUUGAGCAAGCGCGCGCUGCGUUGCAGACAGCCUCCACCCGUGCAGAAGAAGUUGACACCCAGUACAUUCGCGCCCGAGAGCAGGUAGCACAGCUCGAAGCUGACCUUGCAGACUUGCGGGGCGAGUUGGAAGCGCGUACGACCGAAGUCGAGAAUACCCGCCUCCGGAUCUUGGAUGUAGAGAAUUCAUGGGCAAAGUCUCGUGAAGAAGCAGAUGCCUUCAGGGCGCUUACCACUGGCAGCCUAGGCGAGCUCCUCGAUUCUCAUCGAGACCUCAAGAGCGACGAAGAUCGUUUCACGCAAGGACACGCUGAAAAGGUUGAGGCACUGGAGCGAGAGAUUACUUCGUUGCGUGACAUGCUCCAAGCUGCGACUCGCCGCGCUGAUGAAGCUCAGAACGAAGUUGUGCAAGAGCAUCAGAAGGCAAGAGAUGCAGAGUCGGAGACAUUGUCUCUACGCACUCAGGUCGCGGGUCUGCGAAUGCAACUAUCGAGCACGUUGGUUGAUAGCGGCAAAUUGCGCAAAGAACUCAUUGCGAAGGAGUCUCAACUCGAGGCCCAACUCAGGGAGGCCGCAUCUGCCACUAUGCGACUGGAGACAUUGCGGACGCAUCUGGCGGACAUUGGUAUUGUGGCAGAGGGAGAAGAUCUUCCUUCCAGAGCUGGCGGCGUUUCACCAUCCCGGCUAGUGGAACUAGAGAACAGACUUGCCGACCAGAUCCGGCUGCACGAGAUUACUGAGCGUGAUCUGCAAGCCGCUCUGCAGCAGAAGGAAGAUGCGGAGGCGCAGGUGGACACGUUGUCUACUCAGUUGGAUCAGCUACGUCUCUCUCAGAGUCCAACACGGCGCAACGGCGUGGACGCUGCAGCAGAAGCACGUGCAUUAGAGGCCGAGCGGAAGCUUGAGGAAUCCGAAGCUAGUUAUAAGGCCCGUUUGCAGCAACUGGAAGACGACUAUCGGCUUACUGUUCAUUACCUGAAAGGCACGGAAAAGAUGAUGCGCAGAAUGAAAGACGAUCUGACCAAGCAGAAGGCGCUAAAUCACAGCCUGCAAGCUGAACUAGGAUCAGUGGAAAACGGUUCUCGGGCUCGUGUGAAUGGCCGUAACACGCCCUCUUCGGACGAUGGCCACGAGCUGCUGCGUAAUCAGCUGCAAGACGCCCAGCGCCAAGUUCAACGACUGAACAGUGACAAUCGCGACCUCCGGUUGCGUAUAGACACACUGGAGCACGAACUCGAGAAUAUGAGAGACAAUGUUAUUGCGUCGCAGCGCGAAUCUGACGAGCGCCUUUCCCGCAUCGAGGAACUUGAACAAGAUGUCGAACGCCUGCAAAAUUCCCUCGUCAUUGCCCGCGGUGGUCACGACGAGACAUUGCUGGAACAGCUCAGCAACGAAAACACCACUCUCAAGCGCGAAAACGAGCAGUUGUCACAUAAAAUUGACUUGCUCUUGGAAGUCGACCAACCACCCUUUGGACAUGGCCGGCCAAUAUCUGGGAUCUCAGAACGUCGCGCGAGCACGUCUAGCUCUGAGAAUGCCAUGGCAUUCGAACAUUUGUCUACACAGCUGGAUGACUGGCAGCGGCAGUUGGCAAGUUCCAUGAGCAAUCGACGACCCCUGAUGGAGUAUGAUUCUAACUCGACGGGGCACGAAAGGGCGAGAUCACGUUCAUGA